GGAAUACUAGCAGUCAUGGAAAAGGUUGUUUAGCGGAAAGUAUGAGUCCCACCCACAUGAUUUAAAUAUUACACUGCGUCCCAAGUAAGAGAUCGGACAGAGGUGCUCAGUACAUUGGAAGUGACGGCUCAUCCCAUUGCUUAUUCUACACAACUAUGAGCUAUCCAGGUUAUCCUCCCCAGUCCGGCUAUCCCGCUCAGGCCGGUGGAUACCCACCUCAACCAGGGAUGUACCCUCCUGCAGCAGGGGGUUACUCUCCUCAACCUGGGAUGUACCCCCCGCAGGCGGGUGGAUACCCUCCCCAACCUGGUGCUUACCCACCACAGCCAGGUCCCUAUCCUGGUCAGCCAGGGGGUUAUCCUACUGUACCCACAGGCGGUUGGGGUGGUGCUCCUGGUGCUUCAGGAAUGCCUGGUAUUGGUCUGAAUAAUAUGCAGAAUCCUGGAUUCAAUGCAGGCAAUCUCCCAGGAAUGGCAAAUCAGUUUUCUGCCUCUAGUGGAUUUACCCCAAAUCCAUCCAUGUUCUCACAAGCGCCUAGUGGCUAUCCUGCCCCCCAGCCAGGGGGCCCUCCUGCUCCCUCCCCUAACCAGCCCUAUGGCCUGUACCCUCAGCCAGGAGGAGGUAUGCCCCAAGGUCCGGGAAUGGGCUACCCUGGAGGGCCGGCCCAAGGCCAGCAGAUGCCAGGCUACCCAAAUGCCCCGUCACCCAAUCCGUCCAUGCCUAGCUAUCCCAAAGCACCCUCACCAAACCCAAACAUGCCUGGAUAUGGAGGAGGAGCACCUGCUGUUCCAGCUGUCAAUCGUGGAUUCAGAGGGACAAUCCAAGACUUCCCUGGUGCUGACCCGCUUAGAGAUGCAGAGGUCCUCAGGAAAGCCAUGAAAGGCUUUGGCACUGAUGAACAAGCCAUUAUUAAUUUGCUGGGAACUCGCUCCAAUAAGCAGCGUGUACCACUCUUGGUAUCAUACAAGACUGCCUAUGGAAAGGACUUGGUUAAGGACUUGAAGUCUGAGCUUUCAGGGAACUUUGAGAAACUGGUACUGGCCAUGUUGAAGACUCCAGCUCAGUUUGAUGCAUAUGAGCUCAAAGAGGCCAUCAAGGGAGCAGGGACAGAUGAGGCCUGUCUGGUUGAAAUAUUGUCUUCUCGAUCUAAUGCAGAGAUACGAGAAAUCAAUCAAAUCUUCAAAGCGGAGAAUAAGAAAUCACUAGAGGACGCUAUCAGUGGAGACACAUCUGGACACUUCCGUAGACUGCUGGUCUCUCUUGCUCAGGGUAAUCGUGAUGAGAGUUUGAAUGUGGACAUAUCAGUAGCCAAACAGGAUGCUCAGGCUCUGUAUCAAGCAGGCGAAAAUAAAGUUGGCACAGAUGAGUCUAAGUUCAAUGCCAUCCUGUGUGCUCGGAGCAAAGCUCACCUCAGAGCAGUGUUUCAUGAGUACCAGCACAUGUGUGGCAGAGACAUUGAGAAGAGUAUUGACAGGGAAAUGUCUGGAGACCUCGAGAGUGGCAUGCUGGCUGUCGUGAAAUGCAUUAAAAACACAUCUGCCUACUUCGCUGAGAGACUCAACAAGGCCAUGAAGGGAGCAGGAACCAAGGAUCGCACUCUGAUCCGCAUCAUGGUGACCCGCUCUGAGGUGGACAUGCUGGAUAUCCGUCAGGAGUAUAUUAAAAAUUACGGGAAAUCUCUAUACACCGAUAUAUCUGGAGACACCUCAGGAGAUUACAAGAAACUACUGCUGAAGCUCUGCGGUGGAAGCGAUUAAAGAAUACAGAUGUUUGCAGGUCACAGAGGACAUGAAGCCACGCCACAAUUUAUACACAUCUUAUACCUUACCCAAAUUUGCACACGUACUUGCAUGUUUUUACAGUACUCAAUGCAAAAGCACUUAUGUGCAUAUAUGCUGCACAUUACAUUUCAUGCUGUUUCAUUACUGUUUUUUUAUUACAAUCUCAAGAGUAGCAAAUGAAAUGCCUUCUGUGCUAAAAGCAGUGGCUUAGCCAAUCAUAAAAUUAUUAUAUCAGAAAGAUUGCAUAUUGGAUGUAUUCGUUGCCUAUACGUAUAUUUUGUUUGCAUGUCGAUGCCAACAAAAAUCAGUUUUUAUUAUUGUGUACACAUCUGAAUAUCAAAUACUAAGUUUAACUCUUUUAUAUAUAUUGAGUCAUUUACAUAUAUUGGGGAAAAUGUGCCAUAAGUUUUAGUUUAGACAUUAUAACAAAUAUUAAUUUGUGUCAAAGUAGAAUUUUAUAUGUACUGUAUCUUUUUCUUUAUAUAUGCUUUCUUUUUACCAUAUACAUUUCUUUUAGUACCAGUAAUGAUUGUCAACCACCUAUCUAUUGAGGCAAAAAAUUUGGUAAUGGUGCUCCGUUUGUCUUUUUGUAUACCCUGUAUGUAGCCAAGCAUAUGUAUGAAAUGCUAAGUAAAUCUUGUCUGAAAGAGAUUAUUACUCAUGUGUUAAA